GCCAGUCAUUGUAGUUAAUGGCACAUAUUUAAAUGGUCAGUAUAAGGGUACACUUUUCAUAGCUUGUACACAAGAUGCAAAUAACAACAUUUUCAUACUAGCUUUUGAGAUUGGGGACAAUGAAAAUGAAGAGUCAUGGAGAUGGUUUCUUGAAAUGUUGAAGAGAGCAUAUGGAUUGAGAAACGGGUUAUGUAUAAUAUCAAAUAGACACAACCGCAUAAGAAAUGCCAUUGAAUUAGUAUAUCUAGAGGCAAUUCAUGGGAUUUGUUCGUACCAUUUACUUAAAAAUUUGAAGACUCAUUACGCAAAAUCAGGUCACGAUGUCACACAUGCAUUCAAUGCUACCGUACGAGCUUCUACAAUGGUUGAAUUUGAAUAUCAAAUGCAACAAUUGGACUCGGUCAAUAAAGAGAUCAGAGGAUAUCUGUUGGACGUUGGAUCUGAAAGAUGGUCCAGAUUACACGUGCCAACAAAUCGAUACUUUACCACGACUUCGAGCAUAAUUGAAUUUGUAAAUGCAGUCACAAAGGCGGUUUUCCCUGCAAGUCACAAUUUGUUUGAAGUUUGUAAAAUAUUUCAAGUGGAUCAACUUUCGUGUCUACAUGCACUAUCAGUGUUUGCAACAUUGAAGCUUUAUGUGUAUAAUUUAUGCUCGAAUGAUUAUACAACGGAUGCAUAUGUGAAUACGUACAAAGAAACGGUUAUGCACGUAGGUAAUAGAGUGGAAUGGAUUUUACCUGAAGACGUAAAGAACAUAACAGUGCUUGGUCCAAAUAAAAAAAGAAGUUCUGGGUGUCCUAUUGAGACGAGGAAGGAGUCACGGUUAGAGUAUCGCUUUCAUACGGCGAGAGUCAUUGGUUCAAAUCCAAUA